GAUUAGCAGCUCUGUUACAUUGAGUGUACAAGGGGAAGUGCCAAAACCUGUUAUUACCCAGAAUCCCCCCAGUGGAGAGAUGUACACAGGAGAGAGAGUCACCCUGAGCUGUGGGUUUGGGGGAGAUCCUGCUGGCUGGGAGUAUCUCUGGUACAAAGACCCACUGAGACACGAUGUGCCCAACACUGACAGCAGCAGGACUGAUGGGUCCAGUUUCACCAUCAGCUCUGCUGCUCUGGCCCACAGUGGAGAGUACCGCUGUAGAGCUGCAAGAGGAAGAAAACCUUUUUACUCAGACUACAGUGAUCCUCUGACUUUAAGAAUGUCUGUAUUACCUCAAACAUAUCUGUUUGUACAGUCUGGAUUGACAGACGUCUUCCCCACUGAAACAGUGACUCUGAGAUGUGUAAUUCAGGGCAGCUCUACAGAGUGGAAGUAUAAAUGGUACAGAGAUGGACGGGAGCUUCCUGUAGACAAAGCUAACUCGAGCAGUGUAAAUGGAGACACAUACACAAUCCUCUCUGCUGAUCAGUCACAUGCUGGACUGUACACCUGCAGAGGAGAACUUACAAGGAGAGCAUCUGUACACUCUCUGAUUGGCAGCUCUGCCGCAUUGACUAUACGAGCUUUGCCUCAGGCGGUAGUGAGCUUGGAUGAAGGAUGGAUGGGGGUCUUCAUCACUAAAGGCACUCUAGCAAUGAGGUGUGAGCUUCAGGAGACGGAACGCAAAUCUCACUAA